AUGGAAGCGCCAGUAACAUUUGGAGACAGGUUAAAAGACUGGAAUCGAGUUUUUAACUGGACAAUGGUACACAGAAGAGAUUCAGAUAUCUUUGCACCAUAUGGCUCCUUUGCACGGAGGACGUCCAAGUAUGACACUCACGUGCCGCCUUUUGUUUGGACCUCUAAGGAAAAGAUGGCAGCAUGGUUUGUAUCCAACUGUGACGCACAGAGUCGUCGCCAGGAAUAUGUUCGUCUCCUACAGCGUGAUGUGCACGUGGAUAUCUAUGGUAGUUGUGGUAAUAUGACCUGUCCGAAGUCCAGCAGCAGCAACUGUCUUUAUCAACUUCAUAAAAAAUAUAGGUAUUAUCUGGCUUUCGAAAACAGCUUAUGUGAAGAUUAUAUCACUGAAAAAGCCAUGGGUAUAUACCAGGAAGGCAUUGACGUCAUACCUGUUGUUAGAGGAUCUGGCGACCGAUACAGUAUGUUUCUUCCGCCAAAUUCAUAUAUCAGUACGCAGGACUUCUCCAUUGAGAAGCUUGCAGAGACAAUGGAAUCUUUAACAAACAGUGAAGAAGAGUUUGAGAAAUAUUUUGCCUGGAGACAGUAUUAUUAUGCAGAGGAAACAGACCUGCGUUUUUGUGACCUGUGUAAAAAGUUACACAAUGCCUAUAAACUCGAGCAAUUGUACGAAUCAAUUACAGAUUGGUUAGUGGAUCACCCUGACCAUAGGAACUGCAAGGAACCCACUGAUAUUGAUGACGAGUUACCAGACUGA